AGUCAGAGAAGACGUGUGGGCGGAGUUAAAGUAAGAUGGCUGCGGGAAAGCGAAGAGUGUUUGAGAAACCAUCAAAUGGGAUGUUUAUCUGUUGCUAACAGGAUGCACAGCAGCCUCAGUGAAGGAGUGGUUGAUUUCUUAGCGUCCCUGACUCACUGUGGUCUGUCUUGCCGGUUGUCUUUUGGUCGCCUCCUAUCUUGUAAUCGCUUACUGCUCUGACAUUGUGGAAUUCAUCAGCAGCUAGUCGCUAGCAGCAUACCAGCGCUAACUUACUAGCAACCAGCUAGCAGGUAGCUGCCCAAGGAAAACACCACCUCGCAACAACUGUUGAGACUCACACAAGAGAGACUGCCAGUCCUGACCGGCUAUGGAGUGGUGUUGGCUUCAGACUGGAUGACAGGGUCUACGAGGAGGACAGGGUCACAAAGUUUCUGUAGCAGCAGCAGCAGCAGCAGCAGGCUUUUCCUAGAUGUACACUGAGCGGGAUUGACAGCCUGCGCAGCCGACCUCUUUCUCCUCUUCUCUGUUGUGAUACACUUUCCCUUCCCUUUCUGCCCUUCUUUUUGCACUUCUCUUUUCCUCUCUCCCACUUCUUGUUUUCCUUUUGUUUUCCCAUAUAAUUUCCUUUGCCUUCUGUUAGACUCAACGUCAUUGAGUUUUAGUGACCUUUGGUCUGCUUUAAGCUGGUUUCACUAUGAGCUGGCUGAGCAGGUUAAAUCCACGGGCUUCUGGGAGUCGGUCGAGCCGGAGUGCCGCCCCCUCCAGCCCCUGCACUGCAGACCCAGAGACCUGUCUCAUGGUGUUUGAAAACCACUGGAGACAGAUAUCUUGGGUGUUGGAGCAGCAUGAGACUUCAUCCUCCAGCGAUGACCUUACGGCAGUGAGAAACAACACCGACCAGAUGUUAUGUUUGCUGGCAGAGGAGCGUCCUGCUGAGAGCUCAGAGAGCGGCACCAGCGUGCCACCUAUGGGGCCCAUACUGGAGCUUGUGGUCACAGAGAAUAUCCUGGAGAGGCUUGUUCAGUGGCACCUUCGCCGUGGCUUGGACCCAGACAGCCAGGGUGCACUGCUCAAACUGUUUGAGAUGCUUAUCGGUCAGUCCCAGCAGCCCCUGCUCCAGCACACAGCCAUUCUCCACCCCCUUCUUAGGCUCCUGGGAGCUUGUGCUGACCCAGAACUCGGCUGUCCUUCAGCUCUGGAGAACAGCCUGGUAUUGUUGCUUAACCAGAUCUGUGUGUCAAUGGCCCGACAGCCGGUGGUUCUAGAGAUGUUGUUCCGGGCUGCACCAGCCCAGCAGGGCUCAACCAACCUGCUGAUCUUUUCCCUGCUUGUGCCAUUCAUCCACCGAGAUGGAGCCAUUGGACAGCAGGCGCGAGAUGCACUACUGCUGGUUAUGGCGGCGUCAGCCAGUCACGAGGCUGUUGCACGAUACAUCGCUGAGAACUCCUACUUUUGUCCGGUGUUGGCGACAGGCCUCAGUGCUCUUUAUUCCUCUCUGCCGAGGAAGAUAGAAGUUCGAGGAGAUGACUGGCAUGCCCUUCGGCGGGAGGACUGGAUGGGCGUGUCGUCGCUCGUGCUCUUCAUGAACUCGCUCGAGUUCUGCAACGCCGUGGUGCAGGUCGCCCAUCCCCUGGUCCGCUCACAGCUUUUGGAUUACCUUCACAACGGCUUCCUUGUACCUGUCAUCGGCCCCGCCCUGCAUAAGUCAUCGGUGGAUGAGAUGAUCGCCAGCACAGCCUACCUUGAUCUUUUUCUGCGCAGUAUAACGGAAACUUCCCUCCUCAAAACUUUCCUGCGCUUCAUCCUGCUGCAUCGCCAUGACAAUGACACCAUCCUGGACACGCUGCUCACGCGCAUUAGCAGCAAUUCAAGGCUCUGCAUGGUAUCGUUAAGCCUCUUCAGGACUCUCCUGUCCUUGAAUUGUGAAGACGUCAUGCUACAGCUUGUACUCAGGUAUCUCCUGCCAUGUACUCACGUAAUGCUGAGUCAGCGCCGUGCUAUCAGGGAGACUGACUUAUACGGAAAGUCAGCGGACAAGUUCCUGUCAUUAAUCCCAGAGUGCUGCCGGUUCAACGCAGCUGCCUCCUCUGAGAGAGAUGAGGAAAAUCCAUUUUGGGGCAAAGUACUGAAUAGUCCCAGCACAGAGUCUCCCGCCCCACCCAGACCCAGCACUCCAUCCCGCUUGUCCUUCUUCAUGAGACAGCAGAGCAGUGGAGGUGGAUCAGGAGGUGGAGGUGCUCCUACCUCCUCUAGCAUGGAUCCACUGCAGUCCAGUUCUUCGAGCUCCCACCAGAUGUCUCCUGACAGCCCGAUGCACCAUCAGCAGACCCACACAGAUUGUCUGGACUGGGAUUCAGGUUAUCUGGAGUAUCUUAAGGACGCUCGGAGGAGCAUUGAGUUUUGCUCUUGGGCUUGUCGUGACUGGUCGGCACCAUAUGAUGGCGAAAACCCAUCCCCAAACACAGCCCCGCCACCCCCACUUCCCCCUACCUCCAAUGUCCCAAUGACUAUGUUCCCUGAGCACUUCUCUUUCCAGCAGGGAGGAAGUCAUAACUCUUCUCCCGGUCAGCAAAGGGCGGCCAUUGUGGCAGCAGCGCGGUCUGAAUGGAGUAGCUCUGAGCGGGACAGCGGAGAGUGGGAUGUUACGAUUGGCAAAAACAGCUGCAUUAGCCUAACGCCUCGCUCCAAGAAACGCAGCCUUCAGAGAGAGGAGCUGCCUCCCAAGCCUGUACCUCCUCUUGUACCUUCUUCGUCUUCAGCAACCGCUUUAUCCACUUCUCAUCCCAUCUCCUCCCCAGCUCCUCACAUCCCCUCAUCUGCCAUCACUGUUAGCUACCAGGCUAUGUAUAAUGGAACAAUGGUGCAGGGAGACGGGUGCUCAGACAGUCGUGAUAGAGGACUGGAGGUGAAGAAAGUGAAGAGGGACUUGGGUGAUCAGCAGUAUUUGGAUGAAAACGCCAACCAAAAUGGUUCCCUUGUUAACUGCCCCUCGCAAAGCUGCACUGCUCUCCCAAAGUCUAUUUUUAGCAACAGUGACAUCAGUGAUGCACAAUCUCUUUGUCCUAGCAAGAUUUUUACUCAGACCUCCAUUAACCAGUCAGCAUCUGAUACCAAACUGCUGUCAAGUGAAACCUUAAACCCACAUGAUGCAUCCUCAGAUCUUCCAGAAGCCAGUCAGCAGUCUGUAGAGAGUCUUAUUGAGGAGCUGCUGGAGCAGGCGCCGGGAGACCCACAGCUACCUGGCGAUGCCAACGGUCAGGGCAUUAGCAUUGAGGCGUUCACACAGGAGCUGAGAGAACUGGAGGACCGGGUGAAAGAGCGCUGCAAAGCAGCCUGUCAGCUGGAGGAAAUCGCCAGAGAGAGUCUGUCCACUGAGCGCCAGGAAGAAGAACAGCAGCUGUCAUCAGCACUGGAGGGGAAGCUGACAGGUGACGUGAAGGCAGACGGGUCUGCGGUGGGCAUCUGUAGUCCUGCCAGACCACUGAACCAACCUGUGUCCCAGCCAUACACAGGUCCAUUCAUGACAGUUCUGUUUGCCAAGCUGGAGAACAUGCUCCAAAACUCGUUAUACGUCAACAUCCUGCUCACUGGCAUUGUGGCCCAGCUGGCCUGCUAUCCUCAGCCCCUCCUACGCUCCUUCCUGCUCAACACCAACAUGGUCUUCCAGCCCAGUGUCAAGUCACUAAUCCAGGUUUUAGGUUCUGUGAAGAACCGCAUCGAGGCAUUUGCCGCAUCUCACGAGGACUUUCCUGCCAUGCUGAGGAAAGCCCAGCAGUACUUGGUGGCCCGAAGCAAAGUGGACUGGAGCGACUCGCCGGCAGCAGUUCCUACUUUGCGCCGCUCUGAUUCCCUUGUGAAGAGUCGAAAGCCAUCUCUCGGAGACCUGAUUCUUCGUCACACAAACAGUCCAACACGGGCUCGGCACGCCGCUCAGCUCGCCCUCGCACACGUACGGGAUGGCGGCCAAUCACUGCACAGCGCUCUGUUCCGGGGCAGCGGAGGUGCGUCUGGCCUUGAGAAGCAAGCUGAAGCGCUGCGAGUAAAGAACGCCGUCUACUGCGCCGUUAUCUUCUGCGAGUUCCUCAAGGAGCUGGCUGCCCUCACGCAGGAGCACGCCGUCUCUUUGCCCUUCCCUCACAGCCAGGAAGCAGAGGAGUAGAAGGUAAACUCAGACUCCUCAAACUUAGCUUCACGUCUGUUGAUUUAGGCUGUACACAAAGAAGAGAUUGAUAUAGGAUUCUCCCAUCAGGACACACGUGAGACUUUUCUGUCACUGAAACGGAUCGUCUGCAACGAAGCAGACAAAAGAGGAAAACUGGGAUUUUUUUAUUACUAAAAUUAUUAUAGGAUACCUAUAGGACUGGAAUCAUUUUCCUCAUCUGUACACUUAUGAUAUUGUGCAUAUCGUGUAUUAUAUUCACAUCCUGUACACAGAAAAUCUCGGUAAAUACUUGAGAUUCAGGAGCUUGUAUAUACACAUGCCAUUUCAUGGUAUAAUACGACACAGUAAAGCCACAGAUUACAGAAGUAGGUGCACAUAUUGGUGCUAGUCAAUACUUGUUAUCUUUUGUUUUGAAAGGGUGCUUUCAGGCUGGCACAAAGAAGGUUUCCUCUUCAACAACAACAGAAAAAAACACCAAAAAUUGUUGGGCAGGAAAAGAUUGAAAGCGUGCGCGAGUCAGCCACUUACAAAGUAAUCCCAUCAGUUUGGUCAUCUCCGUGCAGCUGGCUCAUGUUUGCUUUCAUCAGAGCUUUUGUCAAGGACGGACUAAGAGAAAAAGUUCACUUUAAAAAACAGAAGCGUUCCCAAAAAACAUGGGAGCUUUUUUAGGUUUAUUUUAAAAAGGCUGCACUAAAUGCUAGUCAUCACUGAAUGAGAUGAAAACUGGAAAAACCUCCGUGUGGGAGAGCGCCACUUUGUCUCCUGUGAAUCAGCACGACUACCAUAAUUGUACUGAGAAACUUGGGUAAUUAUUGCCUUUUUCUUUUAACGUUUUAAACAUUUGUCUUCUGAAUUUGCACCAUUUUAUAGACAUAUCAGCAACAUGUGGGAGCAGAUGUGUCUGCCAUUGUGUAUGAGAGUUUAUUUGAAUGAAUCACUCCUUUCCAAAAAGGUGACGCCAACUGUUCAGGCCAUUAGCUAACCAUUCACUGUUCGCCAUUUAAAAAAAAUUAAAUAAAAAAAUUAAGCGGAGGAAUCACGAAGCCGGCAAGAGGAUCAUGGCCACUGGGGAAAAAGUGGGCACAUCUUUUUUUUCUUCUUCUUAUUUUCCAGAAUUCAGACUUUUUCAUCAGAAUUACUUUUUUCCCAUAAUUCUGAUUUUAAUCUCAGAAUUCUGAGAAAAAAGUCAGAAUCCUGACAUUAAAGUCAAAUAAAUUUUUUUCCUCAGAAUUCUGGAAAAGAAGAAAAAAAAGAUGUGCCCACUUUUUGUACCCCAGUGACCCUGAUCACUGUCACUGCAACACGUACUUGUACGUGUUGCAUCCUUUGUGUGUCAUUCAGUGUUUUUGAAAGACCUGAAAUUCUGCACGAUUUUUAAUUUUUUUUUAAUUCCACCUGUGCGUUGGCAUUAUUUCCCUUAUUUUGAAUUUGAUGACCCAGAAUCUCAUGAGGUGUUCAUGACUUUUCUCGAAAAAGAUCUUGUUUUCUUGGUGAGACAGGCCAAACCGAACACACAGCACACCUGGGAAAAUAAUAUGCUGCUACUUUUUUUUUUUUUUUUUUUUUU